GUGUGCACUAUCAAAACUAAGUUGGUAUUAUGAUGCUCCUCAGUAACAGUUGGUCACAGUUGUGCCAAUAAAAUAAAGAGCCUAGAUCAAAGAACAUGAACAAAAACUGAAAUCUACUUCUAGUUGAAUUCAAUUUAAUAAUUCCUAGUCGGGCACGACAAAUUGAAGCCCGAGAUUAACGGGAUAGAUGACUAAGUUAGUUAACUAGUCAAUUAGGGAGACAUACAGCCAAGCAUGGAUGCCACCUACCCAAACUUUGACUCCUCACAAUAUGACAACCAUAAUCUCCUUUUAAUAAAAUGCAGCAAAUAACGUGGCCCCAAGGAAAAAUUGAAUUUUGUAGUCCUAACUUUGAAACUGAUUCCGUUUGAUGUUACCUGUGUAUGAUGCCAAGCUCCAUGCCUGCCCAGACAACCAAAGGGAGGUGGCCCUUGUUCAACUCCAGUCUGAAUAUAUGUUUGGUGCUGUGAUCAGUAAAUUGUGAAGUUUGGCUCUCAUUCUUGUUUUCUCUUUGAACUUUCACCAACCAUGAGUCAACGAGUCAUCAAGAGUGUGAAAGCAUGAGCUGCAUGAUGAUGACUGGAGGAAAAUAAAGGAGCAAUUUUUUGACUAGUUAUAAGCAAAAACACAUGAGGAGGAAUCUUACCUCCUCCAGUUUUUUAAUCCUCACAGUGAAGGAUAAUGUGCAUGGUAAAUGCAAGUCUUUGGUAGCAUAUAUAUAUUAUAUGUAAAAGAAGAUUAUCUGAAUUAAAGAAACUGUGUUGAUCUCAUAUUUACCUUUUUAAAUAUCUAGAAAACAUAAAGAACUCAUUAAAGUAUACAAUUCGCAUGACAUACAAAGAAGAUUUCCAUUGGAAUAGUUGGGCUAUCUAAUAUCAAAGAGACAAUUAAUAGCUUUAAAUCCAAAGAGGGUUGCCUUUAAUUCAUUCACGAUAUCAUCCAAUCUUAGAGAUCAUUUGAAUGUUAAGCUAUUCUAAAUGACAAUUUAGGAUCAGAUAUUCAAUAUGCAAGGUGUUCUUGGUGUAGUGACAUUACACUAUCAAGUAAGAAGAAGAUUGAGAUAACGAAACAUUUAGAAGAUCCAAUAGUGAAGAAAAAAAUUGGUAUCAACUGCCUGUGAAAAUCAAUUUCUUGGUGGGAUUAAUCAAUGGGAAAGAAGAAUGAGUUAGUUAAGUAGAUCUUGUCCAUUUGGGACACUAAAAUCCAGAAAUUCCACCUACCAAAAGUUUGACUGCUACUAGUUAAUUAAUGCCACCUUCUAAUAAAACCAAAUAUGCCUCAUGUUGGUGUGCAAUGUCUACCAUGGUUGGUGGAUUAAGUCUAGUCCUUAUCUUUCCCGUCUUUCAGACUGAAUCGAUCAAUUCAUUGGCAUUUUGAUCGAAUUGCCUACUGGUUCUCAUUCUUUGAUUUAAUCAGGUUUGGAAGACUCAUGGUCCUAGCAGGAGGCACAUGCUUAAUGUGUUAAAAAUUAAUCCUUUCACCAUGCAAGGUGGCGUAAAACUUAAAAGGGAUUAUUUUUUUGACUUCCAAAGAGGCUCAGAGUAAUCGGUCUUCAUGAGUGUGAAACCUUGGACUGUAGGAUGACUGACCGAGGAGCAAUCCUUGAAUUGACUAAACAAACAACAGCCCAUAAAAUAGUGUUAUUUAACCUAUUUAUUUAUAUGUACACUUUAUUUUAAUCUAAAGAAAAAGCAUGCUCAUGGAAAUUGGAAUGGACCAAGAACAACAAUAUGAUAGAAUUUUGUAAGCCUAUUUAUCAAACACUGGGCAAUUUUUUUUAACAAAUUUUGAUGAGAUUGUAUUGUUGGUGUUUUGAGGUAUUGCUAACUUAUACUAAGGAUUGACACUGUUUACUAGAAUGAACAAUAAGUCAAUUAUAACUAUUUUGUUUCUUUGCUCAUAUUCUCCUAGAGACAACAGAUUCCUUAUGUUUCAUACAAUAUUAAAUCAUGAAGUAUGUCAACCAUUUUUGGGGUUCUAUAUUUGGACCAUUCAGAAAACCAUAAUCUCAUCUAUGGCGAACCUGAAGUUUGCCUACCUCAUCAAAGGUGUGAAACAUCAUCCUCUUUGUUAGCAAUAAUUUCAUCCAUUUGUGCUCCAUCAAUUCAUGGCUGGCUUAGUUGGAGGAGAAUGCACAUAUAUGCUUCGUCGGUGACACUAAAACUAAAGCCUAUAUCGAUGUCAUCCCCUUCCCUAGUUUCAUAAACCUAACAAUUAAAGGAGAAAUCCUUGUGCAAAGUUUGUAAGUACAUAGUGUGCAAAUGCACACGAGUGAAAUAGAAUCAGAUGGGCCUCCUUGUGUAGUUCCACAUUUUCUUGGUUUUAGUUUCUUGUAUAGUUCCAUAUUUUCUUGACAAAUCAACUGUCAAGAAAAAUAUAUCUCACCAAAAGAAUCAUUUUGUAAACAGUGAAAGGAAGGUGAUUUCUAGUACAAUGCUUCAUGAGAUAUAAUCUUAUCCGUUGAUAAAUGGACAAACAAACCUUCUUGAUCCUCUAUGGUCUAACAAUAUAGGAAACUUUAUUCUUUCCAUCAUCUAAAUGCCAGAUGUGUUCAAGAUGAAAUUACCUAUAUAAAAGCAAGUAUCAAAGUUAGCAUAGGUGGGAAACCAUCCUUGCACAUGAAGAAGCUGUCUACUUGCCAUAAAAUGGAAACGGCCAGUGAAUGACAUCAAAUUUUAAUGAUGCAUGAAUUGACUCCAAAAAUGUUGGAUUGCUGAAUCACAGAAACAGACACUCUUUCACUCAGAAGACAGUAUUAACAAAAUGUGAAACUUGCAGCUCUAAGGAACACAGACAAUACCUGUGAAACUGGAACUUCUCUUGAAUACGAAGAUGGAUGUCAGUUGUCAGCAAUGAGAAAGCGCGACUUUCCUAAGGAGGUAGACAGCCAAAGAAGUGAAGAAUAAAACACAAAAGACUAUGAAUCAACUUGGCCUAGGGUUUGCGACGUAGUGUCCACAGCCGAUCUCGAUCCGCCACCCUCAUCAAUCUCAUAUCUUCCACGCAAGGCCAAUCCACAAAGGGGAGCAGGAGCUUGUGGCACUGGAGGCCUUGUGUGCGGGGGAAUAUAAGUUGGGCCAGCCCAUCAAUAGCCCUUGAACCGGCCCAUUACAUUUCUCGGACCUUAUCCAAAGCAAAUUGAGAUCUGAAGGGCGUGAAACUCGCCAGCGAGAGGGGAGAACGGAGCAGCGAGAGAUUGGCGGGGAAGAUGCAGUGCGCGAGCCCUGUCACCGCCCAACCCAUCCUUCCCGCUCUGCGCCAUGGCCGAGUUCCAUCCCCCAAAUCUCUCUUCCCUUCUCUCGCCGGCGGAGCAACCGUUACUUCCGAAUCCAAGGCCAGGGUACGUUUCCAGCGGCGUACACUGUCGGCGGCCGCUGCCUCCGCCUCCGCUCAGGUCGUAGAAGCCUCGUCGGAUGUUGACCAAUUUGAGGACGGCGAGCAAUCCGCGGAGAAACAGGGCGUGGUGGUGAAACCCAUAGAGAAGCCGCGGCUGGUUCUACGGUUCAUAUGGAUGGAGAAGAACAUCGGACUGGCGCUCGACCAGGUGAUUCCCGGCCACGGCACCAUACCGCUGAGCCCUUACUUCUUCUGGCCGCGAAAGGACGCGUGGGAGGAGCUCAAAACCAAGAUCGAGGAGAAGCCUUGGAUUUCGCAGAAGCGCAUGAUCAUCUUCCUCAACCAGGCCACAGAUAUCAUCAACCUCUGGCAACAGAGCGGUGGCAACCUGUAGCACUCCCUCCCCUUCCUCCACUUGCUUCGACCUAUUUCCUUAUUCUCCAUGGUAUAUAGGUUAGUUUGAUGUUGUUACUUUGUUGUAGAAUUUUGUCUAUUAUGCAUUUACUUCAAAGAUAUUUAUGCUGGAUCAACGAAACCUGGAAGAUAUUUUCCAUAAUUCAAA